AGCUUUCUGAUCGUAACAAAACGUGAAGAAUAAACAUUGACAUUGUCAAAGUCAUUCUCCGCCUGUGUCAUGAUAGUGUCAUGUCUGAUGUCAGUUUAUCAGUUGUCAUUUGUCAAUAGGACAGAUCAGAUGUCGAACGUCGUAUUUUAGUGCGAGAUUUGUUUUGUGUUGUGCAAUAUAAAAUUAAUAAUUCCAAUUUAAAACAGGUUUAAACGAAAGGGUCAAAAUAAUAUCCUACAUCAUGUUAAAUUCUAUUUUUCGUGGCCUUUUGGGCACAGAGGAGGCUCCUACAAAAGUCAUAGAGGUGCGGUCAGAUAACUACAUUUCAAGGCCGAUUCAUUAUCGCGAGGACUCGAUCUUAUUGUAUGGGCCUAAAUCUCCCUCUGAUGGCAAGAACACGAAGGACAAAUACUUCGAAAUAGUACUCCAUAAGCCUUUUACUGAGAGCUUACAUCAGAUGUACAGUUUGUGUCGAGCUAAAACUUUAGAGGAGGCUGAGGAGAAAUUCAUAGUUUAUAAAGAAAGAAUACCAAUAUUUAUUAAAAUCACUAAAGAGUGCACAGUGGCAAUUCUUCAGAAACUAUGCGACACAUUAUCACAGCACCAAUCAUGGACAAUUGCUCACAUGAUGGCCCACUUUGGCCUGAGUGAGCAGUUCAACGACCCUGAAGUUCAGAAACAUAUUGAUGAUAUUGAUCCUUUGACUGGAGCUUCACCUUUGAUGGUGGCUGUAAAAUCAUGCAAUGUGCGCAUGGUUCAGAGUUUAGUCUCGCUGCAUUGUUCCCUAGAUGUCAUCGACCUUGAAGGCAACACGGUCUUCCACUACGCAGCUGCUAGCAACAAAGAAAUUAUUAACGCCUUAGCUAGCAAGAGUCCAUCAUCGCUAAACGUGUACAAUAAGCAAGGGUACACGCCGCUACACACAGCAUGUUUAGCGGACGCACCAGAUUGCGUGCGCGCCCUCAUGUUAGCGGGCGCAGACGUCAAUCUAACCGCAGCCAAGAGAUCUACUAGUCUUCUACCAGUUCAUUUCGAAGGCAACAUGACGGCUGUAAGGAAAUCUGCGACCUUACUUUCAGGUAUCGUCGGCGAUCUCCUUCAAGACAACCAGCCCAAAUUGUACCAGCAAGAUAUGAAACAUGGAGGUACACCGCUCCACUGGGCGAUCUCCCGCGAAGUAGUCGUAGCUCUGGUCGACAAAAACUGUGAUAUAAAUGCUCUCAACUUCGAUGGGAGGACGGCCCUUCACAUCAUGGUGUUACGAGGCCGUUUAGAAUGUGCCAUGGCCCUAUUAUCUAGAGGAGCUGAACAUUCAAUUGGAGAUAAUGAAGGAAACACUCCAUUGCAUCUAGCAGUUAAGCAACCGAAUAUAGCAAUAGUCCAAGCUUUGAUCGUGUUCGGUGCCAAUUUGGAAGCGAAGAACAAUAUGGGGAACACACCAAGACAUACGUUGCCUACUGAAUUGUCGAACAGCAAUUAUGAUAAAAUAUUGUAUGUUUUACAUGCGGUUGGCGCUAAAAGAUGCGCUCCAGAAAUAUCAGGCUGUAGAUCAAGUUGUUCGGCUCGUGGUGACUACAACGGUGUUCCACCUCCUCCCGUAGCCAGGAGUUCUACACGAGACCUCGUAAGCCAAAUGUUGUCCGUAGCAGCAAUGGAAAGAGCUGCUUGUUAUGAUACUACCCAAAAACAGGGACGAUUACUCUGCUUAGAUGGCGGCGGUAUUCGAGGCCUAGUCCUAGUCCAGGUACUCCUUAGUCUUGAAGAAGCUGUUGGCAGACCUAUCGUGGAGUGCUUUGAUUGGGUAGCUGGUACCAGUACUGGUGGUAUACUGGCUUUGGGCUUGGCCAGUGGGAAGUCUUUAAGAGAAUGCCAGCGAGUCUAUUUUAGAUUGAAAGAGUGCGCUUUCAUCGGCAUGAGGCCAUAUCCUUCGGAGGCUUUGGAGACUAUUCUAAAAGAUUGUUUAGGCACAGAAACAGUAAUGUCGGACAUAAAACAUCCAAAAUUAAUGAUAUUGGCUCUCCUGGCUGAUCGGAAACCUGUGGACCUGCAUCUAUUCAGAAACUAUAAGUCUGCCCAGGAGAUCCUUGAUGAACAUAAUGGAACUACAAGUCCUCACGCAGAAGCAGGAGACCAAGCAUCAGUGGUGUCACUAGCUCAGCCUCCGCCCCCGUCCGAGCAACUAGUAUGGCAGGCGGCGCGGGCUACUGGAGCCGCGCCCUCAUACUUUAGGGCUUCGGGCAGAUACCUGGAUGGUGGUUUAAUGGGGAACAACCCGACAUUAGAUGUGUUAACAGAGCUGACGGAGCUGAACCUAGCGUUACGAGCUACAGGGCAACACGAGGAGGCUAAGAAAACCAACCUUAAAGUAGUUGUGUCAUGUGGCACAGGUUUAAUUCCAGUAUCGAAGUUAAAAGAUAUAGACGUGUUCAAGCCGGAGAGUUUGUGGGACACGGCCAGGCUUGCAUGGGGACUGUCUGCUAUCGGCGGCCUUCUCGUAGAUCAGGCGACACAAUCAGAUGGUCGUGUAGUAGACCGAGCACGAGCGUGGUGUAGUGCAGUCGGAGUGCCCUACUACCGGUUCUGUCCACAAAUGUCGAAAGACGUCGCUAUGGACGAGAAAAACGAUGAAAUCUUAGUCACUAUGCUAUGGGAAGCGCAAAUGUAUAUGUAUUCGCAUCGAGAUCGAGUCGCUGAGUUAGCUGCGUUACUUAACGAUCACGAACCAAUGAAAACAAAUUGAUCUGCACCAUCACAUAACGUAAAAAGCUGUGCGUAAGUACGUGUAACAUAGCUUUAGUCAUUAACACGCAUAAUUUAAAAUUAGCUAAUAAUAAUAAUAUAAUUUUCACAAUUCUGACUUUCAACAUAAAUUGGCAGGGUUUAGUUAAGCAGACUUUAUUAGUUAUAUUUAUUAUCUAUAUAUAAGACUUACUUUUUUGCUCUGACAACUCGUAAAUUAUAUAUAAUUAUGUUCUAUUGACAUUCCUGGUAGCAAUACGAGGUAUAUACAUAAUUUAUUGUUUUACAGUUUCUUUUUUACAUACGUAGUAUUAUUUUCUAUAUGUUUUCAUCACAUUUUAAGGGGUUUAUCGAGUAGUCGAUUCCCUUUUAAGUAGAUAUGGGUGCAAUAGAAAUUAAUGUGUGCAAUGUGUUAUGUCAUAAUAAUCUCUCAAUAAAACGUUGGCUGUUUGUUAUUUAUUUAUUUGUUAAAGUAUCGAGCCUUUGUCGCCCAUGCAUAUUGAAAUUAGCAUGUGUAUUUACGCUAAUAAGUCGAAAAAUGUGUUGACUUAAUAAGUUUUAAUCGUUUGUAACUUGACUUUAAUUGUUAAGUUUGUUUGAAAAUUCAUGAAGAAUAUUUAUUAUAGACAGUCCAUUUCACUUAAAUGAAAAUGUACUUAAUCUGAAGCCCUUAUCGAGCUCGCUCCGACAGGUAGGCUAAAUAUAAGUCAGUUUAAAUUAAACUUUACCAUAUUCUUUUGUUAAUUUAUUAAAUAUUAUUAUAGUAAAUAUAUUUGUCUGUUUACCUAUGGUAAAGGCUCGAAUACCACUAUUUUUAAACAAAUAUACAUAAAGUAAAGUUACUUUAAUAUCUUAAUAUAUAUUGCUAUAAAAGCUACGCACAUAAUAUAUAAAUAUUAUGUAUUUAGACGUAAUAUAUACUAUUUCUUACGAGAUUAUUAAUUCUUAGUAUAUCAUAUAGGUACUUCUCCAUUCUUCAUGUAAUUUUGCAUAAUAAAAUGUGUUCGCAAUAUAGUACCUCGUUUAAAGACAUUGUCAUUGUUGCAUUUUAUAUUACAUAAAGAACAUGAACUACAAUUUAUGAAAUUGAUAAUAUGCUUUCUGUAUAACAAUUAGAUAUCUAAUCAAUACAUAGUAUAAAACAAAGUUGCUUUCGCUGUAUGUCCGUAUGUAUGCUUAGAUCUUUAAAACUACG